CAAUGUGAGACCAACGGACGACACCGUCGCCGCCGUUGCGGGAAAGCUGAUGCCGGUGAAAGCAGUGGACGCCUUCUCAGAUCGGAACAUCGGUUCAAGACAGUCCACGUGCAGAAGGCGUGUAUUGUCACGGCCUCUCAUUCCGGUGAAGUGUAGUAAGGCGCCUUUAACCUUUGACACCGUCUCACGAUCGUGCACACGCGUCAGCGAUCUCCGGGAAGAAGCUGCGUUCACUGUCACCUUCCGUGGAAGAGUUUGUAUGAUAAAUCGAGACUAUUGUAAGAGAAACCCAGUGAUAUCAAAAUGGCGGUGCUUACAUUGGAUUCAAAAAUCGUUCGAAAUACUGUGCCGCUCGCAGGAGCCUUCAACGAAGUGAGAGAUUUGUGAGAGAAAUUCGCCCACGAAUCACAUUACAAUGGUCGAGCUUCCAACUAAGUCAAGUUUCUCUUGGAAUAAUUUCGGAGAAACUUGAUUUAGUCUUCAGCCGCGAGGUCUCCACCGUUCUUCAUCGAUCGUCGUUAAAUGGAGAAGGUGAUGGACCGUUCGUGAGUUAUCCCGAUCGUAGUGCGUCCUUUUAAACUUUCAAGCGUGCAGUGAGAUCGUGACGAUGCGCAAGGUAUCCUUAAAGUGACAAGCGGAAGUCAAAGUCGAUCAUGAAGAUCGUGCUCGGGAUGCUUCUGAUCACCGUGGCGAGCGCUUUCGAUCACCAUGACAUCUACUCGUGGAGACGCAGAGAGGAUUGCAAGAUCACGGCUGCGAGCCGAUCGAUCGUACCAGUCAAAGUUAAGGAAACUCGUCUGCAGCGAACCGAUGUAUAUCGAUCGAGAUCGUCGACCCCGCGCGAGGACAAUACUCUUCAAAACUCGCCGAGAAGAUUCGCGGUGGCCGACGCCUCGGACGAGCAUCACGAUCUCUGGCAACCCGAAGCUGCCAGGACGAGACAGGAUCUGACGCGCGAGAAUCGAGCCAUCGAAGGCACUCUGAAGAACGCGAUAGGCGUACCAUCCAAGGUCGAGCAGUAUCAGUACUUUUCCAAUUUUCCGUACGGCGGUGACGGGUCCACCGACGCCAUAUUGAAGAGCGCGGAUCAUCCGACGAGCCCGGUGUUCUCCAAGGAUACCCAAGAUCAUUUCUCGAAUACAGAAGAGAUGGACUGGAGCGAGCAGGAUGAAGAGGAAGAAGAAAUGGAUCUCCAGGAGUUACUGAACGAAAUGAGACGGAAGAGAUUAAAUGGAGUGCUCGAGGAAAUGGUAGACGGACAUCGACAGGGCAGGGGGAGGAAGCUGACCAGCCAGCAGCAAGGUGCCUUGCUGGUGGAGACGCUCAGGAAGAAGCGAAACUACACCAAUGAUCAUCGGGGACACGGCUCUAAUCUACAGAGCGGCCUUAUGGAUAUGUUGGGCAGAAUGAUACCGCAAACGUGCAAGUACAAAGGUGCAAAGUUCGAGUGCGGCCUCAGCAUUAGCUGCGUUCUAGGCGGCGGUCGACCUGUCGACCUCUGUUCCGGAGGUUUAAUAUGGAGCUGCUGCGUGGACGAUGAAGACAUACCCGAAAAAGUGCCGCUACCGACCGUGGGUUUGCUGCAGAAUGCCAGCUGUGGCGAGCUCUACACGAGGAGCAACAGGAUCGUAGGUGGACACUCGUCCAGUUUCGGCAGUCAUCCGUGGCAGGCCGCUAUUAUCAAGUCGGGAUUCUUGCAGAGCAAGAAGCUGUCUUGCGGCGGCGCCUUGUUGAACAACCGAUGGGUGGUCACCGCGGCACACUGCGUCGCGACGACACCAAAUAGCAAUUUGAAAGUUCGACUCGGGGAAUGGGACGUCCGAGACCAGUCGGAGCGGCUCCUCCAUGAAGAAUUUAAUAUCGAGAGAAAAGAGAUACACCCACAAUACUCCCCUACCGACUUUCGAAAUGACGUGGCUUUGGUGAAGCUGUCCCGGAUGGUGGCUUUCAAGCAGCACAUCGUCCCGGUUUGCCUGCCGGCGAGGAAUUUGAAGCUCUCCGGCCGUACCGCAACCGUCGCUGGUUGGGGACGAACCAGGCACGGUCAAACUUCGGCGCCAACCGUUCUUCAAGAAGUCGACGUCGAGGUAAUACCAAAUGACAAAUGUCAGAAGUGGUUCAGAGCAGCCGGGAGGAGGGAAACCAUUCACGACGUAUUUCUCUGCGCAGGGUAUAGACAAGGCGGACGAGAUUCUUGUCAGGGUGAUUCGGGUGGACCGCUGACAAUGUCCGUGGAAGGCAGACACGUUCUGAUCGGUUUGGUCUCUUGGGGUAUCGGUUGCGGUCGCGAACACCUACCCGGCGUAUACACCAAUAUCCAGAAGUUCGUGCCCUGGAUCGAUAAAGUUAUGAGCUAAAGUGGAGGAAACUCAGUCGCUCCGAAGGAUGAGUCGCUUUACCCGAGGAAAGGAAGUAGGAGGAAGAGGAUAAGAAAGUUACCAAAGUCUUAUCUCGUUUUUUAAGGACUUUUCUAAUCGUGCUUGAUUACGAAGAAUAAGGCACUCUUUCGAAAGUGCCAAAAAGCAUGAUGCUUUUCAAAGCGUUUGUCGUGCUGAAGAUCGUUAAGUAUAUUCGAAACUGGCAAUAAAAAGUUCAUCCAUGGUUACAGUCGACGUAUCCCAGAUGAUUAAUUAGCCAGGCUAGGAUGAAGUUCUUAAAAUGCUAAUUAGAUAAUAAAUGAAGAUCGUUUGAGCUGCUUGUAAGCUUCGUUGUUGUUAUUUAGAUUAUAUUAUAAAUAAUUUAUUGUCACGUAUAUUAAAAUGAAAAAAUGAUUUCUAAAUUUCAAUACGUUUGUCUUGAUAUUAACACCACAAAUACAAUUGACACAGUGUUUUAUAAUUAAUCUAUAUAUUA